AUGAACGAGGCCGCACUUUCACGGAUUUCUAGUUUGAUCAAAGUUGAGGACGAUCUCCUGAAAAUCGAGGGGCUUCGCCUGCAAUUCGUCAAAGAAAAGACUUCAAUAGAUGUGAAGCUAUACCAUACGACGCAGGAACAAAUCGAGUCUGUUUCAUCGAACCUUGAAAAGCUUAAAACGUCGGCUACCAAGCUUGGAAACAUCAAGGCGAAUGUCGACAGGAUCAACACAAUUCACGAAGAGACCGUGAUGAACGUACGUGAAUAUGACACGUUGAAAAGCGCCAGCAGUGUCUAUCAAACCAUGAUGCAGGUGCAGAAUCUCUACACAGAUAUUGCCAACUUCAGGCAGUAUAUAGAGCAUAUCAACAGUAUGAUCGAGACGGAGUUUGCUGCGGUCAGCGAGAGCAUCGAGUACCCGCUUGAUAAUAUCUACCGCAUUCACUUCAACGUUACUCAGGCACGCAACUUCCUGGAGUAUCUAGAAGUGGAAACACAAGCGCUAUCGGACGAUACGCAGUCUAUCAUCCGCAGGAUCGUGGCACCGGUCCGGAAGAUGGUUCGGAAUUUUGACGACUUGCUCAAGGAGAUUGUAAUCAGCAUCACCGAGGCUGUCAAAGAAGGCAACUUGGAAAUGGUCACCCGAAUUGUGCGAAUCAUACACUACGAGACCAUCGAGGAUCUGAAACUGGUGCUCAACACCAAUUUGAAGACCGUAGGGGCUGAGGCUAAGAAGACAGCAAACUACUCAAAAUACAGAGCACACCCGCGGAAUUAUAAAAAGUUCUUUUAUGAUAAGUUGGAAGAGAGCUUGGCCGAUACCUUCAAUAAAUGCUUGGACCAUUUCCAGCAGGACUCAAUGAUGGUAUAUGACAAUCUCGGGUGGCUCGAGGACGAGUUGAUUUUUGCCGACCGUACUCUAACGCAACUCUUUCCGGAUGACUGGCAGAUCUCAGAGUUCAUUUUCACAGCUUACUAUAACAUCUUACACAAAUUUACCAUGGAUAUCAUCCACUCAAGCCCACCAGCUGAGGAUUUGAUGCAAAUCCUCAUGUAUGACUCGCAUUACAACUCAUUCAUCGUGUCUUUGUGGGGCCCCGAGAAAAUGAAAAAAAUCAAGUUAAAGUCGAUUUUGGGUGACGAACUAAAAGAAACGGUAUUGGACGACUAUUCGAAGGUGAUUGUUACUAAGAUGACCGAAUGGAACGAGGUGCUUAUUGAACAAGAGACUGCUGUAUUCACAAACCGUGAAGAGCCCCCAGAUUCUUAUUCACUCUCUCAGACAAUCGAGGAUAUCGACGAAUUCGACCACCCUAUAUUCUAUGAGGUCAUGACCGAUGUCUAUGUGCUUCCUGAUUUCAAGACCACUUUAAGCAUGCUCAAAGAACAGGCUGACGUUGCUGCUGACUCAGGAUACGGCAAAGUGCUAGCAUGUGUGAUUGAGAAUUGGUCUGUUUGUUAUAUCAAGCGGGUCGAAGCAUACAUGCAACUCAUUGAGGAGGAAAUCUCAAAGUACAUGUCUGUGUACAAUAACGAUCAUUGUUUGAUAAAAGGUUCCCGGGCCAGGCGCCUCUUGAGAAUUCUGCCCUCCAAACCUGAACCCACGUAUGAUGUUGAGAAUAUGACUUCUGACGAGCUCGCAGAAAUUUCCAAACCAGGGUUAGUAGAAUACCUCACGGCGCUUGGUAACACUUAUGAGAUCAACCACGAAAGACUCGAAGACAAGUUUUUGCCCAAAUAUUUGUCUAAAGUUCAUCUGACAUACCAGGCGCGAAUCAAGGAAGCAUUUGAGAACACUGAUCUUCCAAGCAGCGAUUUGAACGGUAUGGUGAUUCGUGCGUUAGUUGACGUUAUCAUCAAUGAUUUAACACCAGCCUUGUCCACUGUUUUUACCAGCAAAUGGUACGACAGCGAACGGGCGCAAAACUCGGGCGAGCUAGAUAUGGCACAAAAGAUCGUGAAAACUAUCGAAGAAUACAUGCUCGAGAUGAGGGGAUACGCAACCUACGAGAUGUACAAUAUCACUUUCACAGUCACCUUGGACUCUUUGAUGACUGCAUAUCUCCGAAUCGGAUACCAAAAUAUUUUAAAUGGCGACGGAAAAAAGAUCGAUCCAACCGCCGUUAAGAAGCACAAAUCGUUUGCCGAGGCUGUUAACAGAGACAUCAGUGUCCUCUUUGAAGGACUAGACCAUUUGUUCUCACGGAAAGAUGUGUUGUACUUGGUGAAAAGCUUAAGCUCUCUUGAAUUUUUGACCACGUUGGCCACAUGUGAGAACGUUUUCGAGGAGGUCCCUGAAAUAUGGGAACAUGAGAUUCUCGAGACAUACUACGAUUGUUCUGUCGAAUAUGUUCGUGGCGCUCUUUUGUGUCGCAAGGACAUUGAUUCCAAAAUGGUUGGCCCACUCAUUGAUCGCCUACAGGAUAUAAAGGAGAAAUAUCACCAGUCAGUGCCAGCACCAGAAAAUGAAGUCGUCACACUCAACAACUUCGUAUACACAUGA